AUUGGAAACUGCUUUUAAAGCGGGGGGGCGCAGAUAGGUAGAAGUUGUUGAAGCAAAUAGCAGAUGCAGCGCCACUUGACACUCUUCCAUUAACCUACACAACUAAAUACACCAAUCUUCGAUUUCAUUUUCUGGGUAUGUGUGACUAAUGACAAAAUUGUGAUACGUCCUUUUUAGCAGCAACUAUAUAUUGAACCCCAUUUCACUCUUCACUGUCUCUCUCUCUCUCUCUCUCUCUCUCUCUUUUUUCUUCGAUUAAUUAAUAAUUCUCGAUCUUUCUACAGAUAACUUUUAUUGGGAGUGUUAAGUCUAUGGCGAUUGCAGCUGCAGCUGUUAUCGUUCCUUUGGGUGUUCUUUUCUUCAUUUCUGGUCUUGUCAUUAAUCUUAUUCAGGCUACUUGCUUUGUCCUUGUACGGCCAAUUUCGAAGAGCAGAUACAGGAGGAUUAAUAGAAUCCUUGCAGAGCUCUUAUGGCUGGAACUUGUGUGGAUAGUUGAUUGGUGGGCAGGUGUAAAGAUUAAAGUGUACGCGGACCCAGAAACAUUUAAUCUAAUGGGUAAAGAACAUGCUCUUGUCAUCGCUAAUCACAGAAGUGACAUAGAUUGGCUUGUUGGUUGGAUCUUAGCUCAGCGAUCUGGUUGCCUUGGUAGCUCAUUAGCUGUAAUGAAGAAAUCAUCAAAACUCCUUCCAGUAAUUGGUUGGUCCAUGUGGUUCUCUGAGUAUCUUUUCCUUGAAAGAAGCUGGGCCAAGGAUGAAAGAACAUUGAAGUCAGGUCUUCAACGGCUAAGUGAUUACCCUUUGCCGUUCUGGCUGGCACUUUUUGUUGAAGGCACCCGCUUUACACAAGCCAAGCUUUUGGCUGCUCAAGAAUAUGCUGCUUCAGCAGGGUUACCUGUUCCAAGGAAUGUUUUGAUUCCUCGUACUAAGGGUUUUGUUACUGCAGUAAGUCAUAUGCGCUCAUUUGUUCCAGCUAUUUAUGAUGCAACAAUAUGCAUCCCCAAAAGUUCACAUGCACCUACAAUGCUGAGACUCUUCAAGGGGCAGCCUUCUGUGGUGCACGUGCACCUCCAGCGGCAUGAGAUGAAGGAUCUGCCUGAAAAUGAUGAUGCCAUUGCGCAAUGGUGUAGAGAUAUCUUUGUGGCCAAGGACAAGUUAUUGGACAAACAUAUUGCUGAAGACACUUUUGGAGAAGAAAAGCUUCAAGACAUAGGCCGCCCAGUGAAAUCCCUUGUGGUAGUCGCAUCUUGGUCAUGCAUUCUUAUCUUAGGAACCAUAAAAUUUUUACAAGCAACUGCUUUAUUGUCGUCGUGGAAGGGUAUUGCAAUUUCAGCUGCUCUCAUGGCCGUUAUUACAGUUCUUAUGCAAAUUUUGAUUAAUUUCUCCAAGUCAGAACGCUCUACAGCUGCCAAGGUUGCACCAGCAAAGGAAAAGAACGUGAAUCAGCCUACAGGGAAUGGGCAGGACAAAACGAACUAAUUAUCAUUUUCAUCUGAGAUAGCAAAUGAUCCCUAAGCUUGUAGACUUAUCACAUGAAUUACAAGAUGAUGUUUGUAUUAUAUAGUAACUUGCUUGUCUAUUUUAGACCUGUAAUUUUGGCCAAAGUGAACGUAAUUUCUGUUCAUUUUUUGUUUCUAAAGAUGCAGGUUCCAUGUUUGGUCAA